CAGUAAUUAGCAACUGUUUUGUUCCAAUUUUAGUGAAUAUUUUCUGUAUCUUGUUGUACAAUGUAUAUUUCUACUCCAAUAAUGCCUGAGUGCUGUAUUUCCUUGUCCUCCACUUCUGAUAUUCUCCUUCAUUUGGUCUACUGGCUAUGAUUUCUACUACCAAAAUUUUACUGAGUUUUUCAUUUCUGUAUUUUUUCCCAAAACCUCGAUUUUUUUCUAGAUGUCUUACCUAUCUCCACUUUUUCUUUUUGAAAGGUUCACUUUCUUGUCUGCAUCCUGAAUUUAUUACUUCAUUUUAGUGUUUGUUUCCUCUUUGAAGUAACUGAUAAUUUUUACACACUGACUAUUGAAUUAUUUGUCCAGCAUGUCAAUCAUUUCAUUGGCCUUAUGUUUAGUAACUGAGGUGUUAUCAUUACUCAGGUGUGUAAUAAUUCCUAGUCAUGUUUAUUGAGUUUCUCUGUAAUUUGUUAUUUUGUUGUAAUUUGUUAAUUUUUUGGUUUAGAUCUCUCUUUUGGUUUUAUUUGAGGAUCUCCUGAGGUGAAGCCUCCCCAGGACCAUUCAAAGAGGAACAAACAAACCACAAAGCAGAGAAAAGUGUAGCCAUACACUUAAAAUCAAUGAAAACAAAUUACUACACCAGCAAUAACCAUAGAACACAAAAUGGCACAAUAUUAAUGUAGAAUUUUUACAUAAAAGUAAAAAUAGCAAAUGAAAGAAGUAAGGCAAGACAGCAAGACAAGAGUGAGAAGAAAGGGGAAGAAAGUUAUAUGAAGUUAAAGAAAAAGAUCUGAGAACAUUAUGAAAAAGGAGGGGGAAAUAAAAGUGAGUAAAAAAUUAAUUUGAUCACACAGUAAAGGAAUAACGUAUGAAUAGGUUUAGGUAAUUAUGAGGAGGAUAGAAAUAUUAAAACUCUUUAAGAAAUAGAGUUAACAUACUACCAAAAGUUUAAUAAAAAGAAAAAAUGGAUCAUGAGUGGCAUAAAAAAUGAUGACAUGUUGGAGCAGCUUCUGAAAUCAGAGUCUAGAGAAAAGGAAAAAGAGGCUCAGAUGAAUUUGGACUUCCUGUGUUUCCUACCAUUUAAGAUAGUGCUGAAUUUGAACUAUUCAAAUGUCCAGCAUCCACCAGAGUUGUCUUCCAUUUGGAAACUUCUCUGUUUGGGGUAGCAGAAGUCUGAGACGAUACAUUCCUACAGUCCAUGUGCUGGGCAGUUUCUUCCAUACCCUCAAGUACAGUGAAGGUAAGAGAAACAAACAAAAAUUGACUUCUGUACAUGAUACCAGGCUCUGUGCUUUUCAAACCCACUCAUCAUUACAUGCCUUGCUAAAGAGACAAGACUGUGGAAGUCAUAUCUGUUCCUGGAGUCUCAGAGACCUGCCAACAAUGAACCUUGUAGCAGAUAACUGGCUCCAAUGACUAACUUCAAGCUUGGGGCUAUCAGACUAUACAAUUAACUUUGAGGAGAUAAGAUCAACUUCCAGGAAGAGAAAGUGAGAUCCCCUGGAUGUUCCCAUCCCUUUUGCUGCUUGAGGCCAGCCUCCAAUCCCCUACACUUCUCAGCAAGUCUGUAUGCAUUCCUCAUUCUCUCUACAACUGCCUUGCACAGGUAUCUUCCAUCCAGAGAAAGUGGCAAAUUGAUUCCAGGUUCCAUGACUCGUGAUUCUUCCCUGUGGUCAUGUUCUGUGGGUAGCUCAACCUUUAACAUGAAGAGGAUGCCAGAGAAAGAACUUUGAGUCUCCACACACUCCACGCUGGCAAUGAGAAGUCACUGAAGCCAUGACAGGAGCGAAGAAGAAGAAUCAUGCUCUGUUUGGGCUGGGUGCUUCUUUGCUUUGUUGCAGGAGAGCGGACUGCAGGAUUUGAUCCUUCAGCUUGUGCCACCAAAAGAGUUGUGUGGACGUAUUCUGUGGAGGGUGCAGAGGAUUUUGUCCUGUUUUGUGAUUUACCAGAGCUUCGGAAGUCACAAUUCUCCAAUAUAAGUCAACAGUCACCAACACAAGGCCCUGCCCACAUACCUUGCAGUGGCAAUCAGGGCCCAUCCGAUGUCCAGUGGUACAUGCAACCUCAGAGUGGAGGUCCAUUACAGGAGAUCCGUAGGAACUCUUCUCAUGUGCAGAACAAAGGCAUGUUGCAUAUGUUGGCCUCACAGAUGAACAAUGUUCGGUCAUAUAUCUGUAGACCCAGGAUUAGGAGUCCUGGCUUAUGGGAUAUGGCUUGCUGUGUCAAGACUAUCUUAGAACUUAAGCCUCAGAGAAACACAUCCUGUGGGAAACCAGUAGAGGAUGAGCAAAACCUAUUUCUUGGUAGCACCGGCUCCAUUUAUUGUCCCAGUCUCAGCUGCCAAAGUGGUGUACAGAGUCCAGAGAUGACCUGGUACCAGGAUGGAAGACUCCUGCCUGAAUAUAAGAACAAUAUCAUUAAUUUGGGUGCCGUCUAUGAUUAUCACCAGGGCUUGUAUGUAUGUGAUUACACUCAGUCGGACAAUGUGAGUUCUUGGACAGUCCGAGCUGUGGUUCAAGUGAGAACCAUUGUUGAGGACACCAACCUGAAACCAGACAUUCUGGAUCCCAUCACGGACACUCUGGAAGCAGAGCUUGGAAAGUCUUUGGUGCUAUCCUGCAAAGUACAAUUUGGCUUCCAAAAACACUUUCCGCCAGUAAUAAAGUGGUUUGUCAAAGAAUCUACUCAGGAGCAGGAAAUCAAAGAAUGUAAGAAGAAUUGCGUUCAAUCCAAUUACAAGAACAAAGUCAUGGAGUGCACUGCCUUCCUGGGAGAAGUCACUCAAAGAGAUCUUAGCAAAAAGUUUGUUUGCUUUGCCCAGAACUCCGUCGGGAACACAACACGGACCAUCCAGCUGAGGAAGAAGGAGGGGGUGGUGUUUGUAUACAUCCUCCUUGGCACAGCCAUGAUGCUGGUGGGCAUUUUGGUCGCAGCCGCCUUUCUCUACUGGUACUGGAUUGAAAUCGUCCUGCUGUGCCGAGCCUACAAGAGCAAGGACGAGACGCUGAGGGACAAGAAGGAGUUUGACGCCUUUAUAUCCUAUGCAAAUCGGAGCUCUCCUGAGAGUGAAGCCACCGGAUCACUGAGCGAGGAACACUUGGCCCUGAAUCUUUUCCCGGAAGUGCUAGAAAACAAAUAUGGAUACACCCUGUGUUUGCUUGAGAGGGAUGUGACACCAGGAGGAGUAUAUGCAGAUGACAUUGUGAACAUCAUUAAGAAAAGCCGAAGAGGAAUAUUUAUCCUGAGUCCCAGCUAUGUCAACGGACCCUGUGUCUUUGAACUACAAGCAGCAGUGAAACUUGCCUUGGGUGAUCAGACACUGAAACUAAUUUUAAUUAAGUUUUCUUCCUUCCGAGUGCCAGAAUCGCUACCUUAUCUAGUCAAAAAGGCUCUCCGAGUUCUUCCCACAGUCACGUGGAGAGGCUUGAAAUCAGUCCAACCCAGUUCCAGGUUCUGGACCCAGAUAUGUUAUCACAUGCCAGUGAAGAACUCCAACAGGUUUAUGUGCAAUCGGCUCAGAAUCAUCCGGAGGGCUUUUCCCCCUGAAAAGGACCUAGCAAGAGAGAAACCAUCAGGAGGAGUAUCCAGCUCAGAGAGCAAGCACGGAGCCCAGAACCUCCUCCUCUCCAGCCACCAGAAGAGGUGCUGAUGGGUAGAACCUACUGCGUGGGUCAGGCUGGUAGAAAGUUGAGUCUGACUUCCUUCCUCGUCACGCAAGCUUGACAGGCAGCGGAAUGAAGCAGUGGCUGUGGUUCAGGGUCUGAGUUCCUGGAAUGGACACAGAGUGUUCUACUCUAGACCUCUGCAUGCACUCAGCACAUGAUGCCCUGAGAGUCUCCAAGUAGCUUGAGCAGAAUCAGCUGGGACAGCUGCUCCUGUGUGGCCGUGGGCUGUCCCCUGCAUGCCUGUUUUGCACUGUAUGUGUGUGUGCAUGUGUGUAUGUGUACAAUCAGAUAAAUGUGAUUUCAUUUUAUUAGAUACGAGUGAUGGAAACUAUCUAAAGCUUUUCUGUAAGGAAAUCUUUGCUGCAUAUUUAUUCAUCCACUCUAAAACACAGAGGGGAAACAUAAAAGGUGAGACUAACAGCACAAGAUAAAUAGGAUCUCCUGGGUCCUUGUGGGAAACGAGACUUUGGCGGCAUGACAUGUUUCCAGACCUGCGGUUGGAUAAUGUGCAUGAAAUCCAUUGUUGUCAGAAAAUAUCAUGAGUCACAAAUGCAUUUCGUGAACUCCUCCUGUGUCACAGCUUAGCAACAGGGUACCCUGUAGAAUGGUGACCAUUUCCCUUGUGAUUGAGUCACAGGUGUGCUUCCUGCCCUGCUCAGUACUAUCGCAAGUCACUAGCUCCAGAAAAAAAAAAAAAAAUACAAGGUCGACAUCCACGGUGUCAAAAAAUUUCCAUCUAGUUCUCCUAAGUUGUGCAUAACAUAGAGGUCACAGCCCUCCCACUGGGAGGGUGGAGUCUGAGCAAGAUUUAGAUUUAGGAACAGGAUGGAGCUGAUUUAAAUUUCUCCUUGUUUCCUUGGCCAGAGACCUUUUUAUGCAGAAAUCAAAAUAGAUCAUCUUACCCUGAGUCAGUAGGACUGCAAGCAGGGACUAAUUAGACACAGAUCAUUUAUCCAACAAAGAGACAAGGAGUGGACUAGCAGUUGCCUACAAACUGGAAAGGCAGCAAUAGUGAAGCCGAGAGUCUGGGGGAUAAAUGCGUGCAUCCUUUGAUAAGCAACAAGAACUGAAUGGGUACCAUACCGUUGUAUGAGCCAUUUGCCUGCUUAGGGUGGGUGAUCCCUCUGCAUGCACAGUGACUGAGCCGUCUUAGUUUCAGUCUUCCUUGAUAACAAGAUGCGCUUAAGGGCCAGCCCGUCGUUUUGGUUAGCAAGGCGAAUAUGAUUCUCAUAAGUUGGUCUGCAGCUAAAAUAGGGUUCCAGUUUGGUGCAGAUGUUUAUGACCUUUGAACUCCACCUUCCCUGUCAGAACAGGGUGGCUGGUCAUGGGGGCAGUAAAGGACAGCAUCUCAUGAACUGAUUCACAUGUCAUGAGUCUCAUCCACUGGGGACCGAAUGAGAUCCACAUGCAGAGUGGGUCAGCUACUGCCAUCUGGCCGCUUGGUGCCUAUGUGAAAUGGCUCUUCUGGUCCUUCUGCACAGGAGCACCACAUCAUAAGAACCACUGUGGCUUUGGCGCUAAGCAGCAUCCUUGCUGGAAAUCUCAGAGUUAGAGAGGAGCCAAAGGGUAUAAAUUAUGCCGGGAGGAAGCUUCUUGUGGGAAGGAUCCCGGUGGGGAGGAACCCACACUUGUUGAACCACUGUGCCCUGGCUAUGGCCGCGUUUCCUGGGUUUCCUGCCAACCUCUUUCUGAGAUCACAGACUCAGAAACCUCUUCUGGCCAGUGCAGCCAGGUUUAUCUUGUUCCAAGAUAACUGUGCUCCCAAGAAUUCCAGAGCCUUCUCUGCCUUUGGCUUCACUGUGUCUCAUGACUUGUACGUACACGAAAGCAGAAAUACCCAGUCCUUGUUUAUAGAAUGUUCUCUUUCCCAUAGCUAGGUCCAGUGAAGAUUUGCAGUUACGACAAAAAGUUAUUUACCUCAUGCAUAUUAGACAAAAUAAAGAGAAUAAUCAAAGCAGAUUUCCUAUGUAGGAGAGACCGCAGAUGAGCAUUGAGACUCAGGAGAGUGAGAGCAAAGCACUAUUUUCUGACUCACCAUGUAGACAAGGUGGCCAUGUAUCCUGCCCCUUGUUUUGUACAUAUUGAGCAAAGACAAUGGUCACAAUGCUUUCUUUCACUAUAAAAGAGCAUCCCUAUUUAAAUUCGGGUGCUGUCCCUCCAGGACACACUGCCAAUCUGUCCUUAUCCACCCUGUGUGGUCUUCCAGACAGUUCUCACAGACAGUUCUCAAUAACCUAUUAUUCCCAGGUUGACAUGUUGAGUAAGAUGAAAUAAACACAUACAAUCCUGACUGCUUGUUUUAUGUCAGCUUGUUAUAAGCUAAAUCAUUUUGGAAGAGGGGACCUCGACGGAGAACAUGCCUCCAUCAGAUUGGCCUGUGCCAAAGCCUGUGGGGCGUUUCCUUGAUUGAUGAUGGAUAAGGGGAGGGCCCAGCUCACCCCUGGGCUGGUGGUCCUGGAUGCUGUGAGGAAGCAAUACCUCCUCACUGCUGUGCUUCAGUUCCUGCCUUUGGGUU